UGAAACAAAAUUCAAACAGAAAACAAAGUGACAUUAAAGACAAAGAAAGAAAUGUCAAUUACAAAACGAUAUAUCAAAGAAAAUGUUAUUUGUAGGUUCUGUUUCUGGAUAUAGAAGAUAAAAAUGUCAACCUCCACAAAAAUAUUGAAGAUUCACCCAUCAAACUUGCACAACAUUUACAGAUUUACAUUACAUUACAAUGCCCAGAUACAUUAUUUCCAUUUCUUUUUUCUCUUUCAAUUUAAAGGCACUUCAUUAGUAUGACUAUGUACUUAUAACAUUGCCAAAGCAUUAUACAUGUGCAUAAAACAAGAAACAUGCAUAUAUAUAUACAUAUGUGUGUGUGUUGAGCCUGCAGGUGGCGAUACCCACAUCCUGAUGCGCGUGAUGAAAAUAAUCAAAGCUAAAAAAACGUCAAAAUGCGCACGAAAUGUCACAUUAUAUGAAAUAUCACAAUAAACCGCUGCUAGGCUACUAUCAACCACGAGUGAACUGUACCAACUGUCCAUUCCUUGAAGAAAAUUAACCACAGCUUUACUCCAAAAAAGUAGACCUAAUGAUGACCACAAACGAACUAUUAUGGUUUCGUUGCCGUAAAUCACGGUAUAUGUAUUAAUCAAUCAGCCAAUGGACUUUCACUAUAAUAAAAGCACAGUUAAUAUUCGUGAGGGUUUAACAGCAAUAAUGUUGAUAUGAGAUUAAGAUUGAGUCUGUGAUUGUGAUGGAGUCUAAACACGGAUUAUUUUGCGGAUUUCAUUCAUUCAUUCAUUCUGCUCAUGAAUCUCUCUCUCUCUCUCUCCCUCUCUCUCUCACCCUCGAGCUUAAAAUAGCAGUGAGGAUUUUCCGCGCGCUCAGACAGAGGUCAUACGAUCCUCGAGCUUCACGCGACCUUCAGCGCGCGAACGAACCGGACCGAAACCGUUCGUUCAUCGGAACAGAUCGGCUUCGACUUCACUUUUUCCUCGUGUACCAGAUCAUGCGGGUGACCGCGCCAACACACGGACCCGAUGACGACCCGUGACCUCACCGGGACUCGCGAUGUCCAGCCGAACCGAGUCCGAGACGCGAGGGAUGUUCGCCCGCGCGCUCACCGGAUGCCUGCUGUGCGCGCUGAUUCUCUGGACGCUGUUCGGGAACAUCCUGGUGUGCGCCGCGGUGCUCCGGUUCCGCCACCUGCGCACCAAAGUUACGAACACUUUCAUCGUGUCUCUGGCGGUCUCGGACCUGUUCGUGGCCGUGCUCGUGAUGCCGUGGAAGGCGGUGGCGGAGGUGGCCGGGUUCUGGCCGUUCGGCUCGUACUGCAACAUCUGGGUGGCGUUCGACAUCAUGUGCUCCACCGCGUCCAUCCUGAACCUGUGCGUCAUCAGCGUUGACCGCUACUGGGCCAUCAGCAGCCCGUUCCGCUACGAGCGCAAGAUGACCCAGCGCGUGGCGUUCGUGAUGAUCGGCGUGGCGUGGACUCUGUCCGUCCUCAUUUCGUUCAUCCCGGUCCAGCUGGAUUGGCACAAGGCGGCCGCGGAGACGAACGCCAGCGGCACCGGCGACAACUGCGACUCGAGUCUGAACCGGGAGUACGCCAUCUCGUCCUCGCUCAUCAGCUUCUAUAUUCCCGUGGCGAUCAUGAUCGUCACUUACACGAGGAUCUACCGGAUCGCGCAGAUUCAGAUCCGGAGGAUCGCCUCGCUGGAGCGCGCGGCAGAGCGCGCGCAAAGUUGUCGGACCAACCGGCUCGCGUGCCAACACCACACCACGCUCAAAACCUCCAUCAACCGGGAGACCAAACUUCUGAAGACUCUGUCCAUCAUCAUGGGCGUGUUCGUGUGCUGCUGGCUGCCCUUCUUCAUUCUCAACUGCGUGGUUCCGUUCUGCGACAAACCGACCGGCGCUCCGGGCUCGGGUCUCCCGUGCGUCAGCGAGACCACGUUCGACGUGUUCGUGUGGUUCGGCUGGACCAACUCCUCGCUCAACCCCAUCAUUUACGCGUUCAACGCCGAGUUCCGCAAGGGUUUCGCCAGUCUGCUGGGCUGUCGGAACCGCUGCUCCGGUACUCCGGUGGAAACGGUCAACAUCAGCAACGAGCUCGUGUCCUAUAACCAGGACACGCUGUUCCAUAAACAGAUCGCGAACGCGUACGUCGACAUCAUACCCAAUGUUGUGGGCUGUAUUGACGCCGAGGACGCGUUCGACCGGAUCUCGCAGUUUUCUCACGAUAACGACGUUUGCUCGGACUCUGAGUGUGACGCGGACGCGCGCGCGUCUUUCACUCCGAACGGAAUUCACGGGCCGACGUGAACUUUUGAGUUUUGAACGGGAUGCUGGAGCACGGCGUCAUCUGAAGACGCUCGUUUUGAGAAUCGGUCGUUGCGGUAUAAAAGCAGACAUCGACAUUCAACAACUGACAUUGAUAUGGAUGAGACCUGCUGACUACUGUAACAGCACAACGCACGCAGACUCACACACGGAUCAGUGACACACAACUGCUGGAGAGAUUCUACACAUGCGCUUUUUGCCUUACACUCGGUGCAAUAUUAAACGCUAAUGAAGAUACACUUUCAUCACAGAACGCCAAAAACUGAAGUGCCCACUGGAGCGCAGACACACUUCAGCUGCGUGCCAGUCUUCGUUUCCUCUGCCAGGAGCGUCUGCGCAGGCGCAACACUCCUACGGUAUUACAACCAACAUGAGCUAAUAUCUUUUUAAAAACGGAUUAAUUUAUUUAAUUAAGAAAACAAUGAUGUGCUGCUGUUGUUCUUAUGAAUGAACUGGUGAGAAAAACAAACACUUUCAGUAUUGUGUGUGUGUUUACAGUGAAUGUGUGAAGAGAGGAUUUACGUGGUGAGAUGUGAUGUUGUGUUUCAUUACUGUAACGUUUGUUGUUUACAAAGGCAAAGCCUGUAGAUUAACUGUAACUGUGGCACUGAAACCAUGAAACGGUUUCUAAACUUUGACACUGUAAUAUUGUGUGUUUCACACACUGGACCGCAGGAGUUCCAUGAAUGUAGGCCUAUAUCACGAUAGUCACGCGCACUCUGAUGGUUUUCAAUAAAAAGAUUG